AUGACGCCUUCCAAGGGUGCUACUGGUUAUGUAUCCGUGGAUGGCGACCCAGCCAGAUGGAGCGCCGAGGCCCGCAUUUCGGACAAAAAUGGAGAGGACGAAGUGGAGCGAUGGAAGCCGCUUGAUGGAAAACAGCGGCGCAAAAUUGCGAGCCAUCUUUGCGCUUCGGCUGGCCUCGACGGUCUCGAACAUCAAGCCGAGGCUUACCACUUGCUGCAACGCUUAAACGGCCAGUGCCGUUUUUGGAUUGCGAAUCAAGAAAGUGAUAUGGGAAGCUGCGAUGUAUUCCCCCCUAAUGCUGCAAGUCAUUAUCAAACGCAACUGCAAGCACUUGGCGACAAUUCCUUUGCACGGAUGCAACACGCACCCAACGCGUUACUGCAGAGCACCCGUUUGGAGAAUGUAGGUACGCACGACAUUCACAAACAUAAUGCGCCCCUUUCUUCGGACGUGUCCAUGCUAAACGACCGCCUUAACAAUGCCAGUGUGGACAUGCCCACUCGAAAAAAAGCUUUUGUGCCCAGCUCGCCACCCCAAGAAGGCCGUCCGGAUGCACACAAGAAGACUUGCUUGUCAGAUAGGAGUGGUGUGGCACCGAAAGUGGUGCCGGCGGUCGAGUUUGCAUCCUUCCCGCCGUGUAGCUUGGCUGAUGCUAUGUCCAAGGCAUUCCCAAUGCGGGGCCCGCCACAAGUGCCUAUUUCCGCAUGGUUCUCUGGAUUAGAGGCGCCCGUCUCGUCGCUCUUGACGGAAAUUGGUGCCGAGGAUCCGAUCCAUGUUCUCUCGGCGUCUGCGUAUGCUUCUGGUUUUGAUAUCCGCUCUCCUCAAGUACGCGACGAAUUGCUGCAAUACGCACAUCACCUCUACUCCAUCACACUGGCUGCAGGAGAGCACAAUUCUACUGAAAAACAACGAGACGUGCACCGCACACCUGGGCGAUCUACACGCAUAGGAACCUCGCUUCACCCCACGCUGCUUCCUCUGUUGCAUGUAUUGCACAAGCUGCACCCCGAAGAUUUGCCCAUUCUCCUGCUUCUCUCCUGCGCUUACUACACGUCUGGUAAUUUUAAUGGUUCCUUGUGGUACAACAAUUUGAUUCUCCGCAUUGAUCCAAACUAUGUAGAGGCGAUGUCCAACAUCGGCACAUCUCUCUGUGCGCUUGGCUACUGGAAAGAGGCAGAGAGCUGGUGGUGGCGCGCAUUGCGAUUGAUCCCAGGCUACUGGGACGCAUUUGAAAACUUGUUGAGUGUUUUGUGUCUGCCAUCUGCUCCGGGCCACGAUGGGAAGAAGCGCUUGCCGCAAUAUGUGACUGCACUGCGUCUCUGCGACUUUGUCGAAGCGCACGUUGUGCCUGUACGACGAAGCAUCUUUACUGGCCGCCGCAAAGGCGAGAUGAGAAACCAUGCAGAGCCCGACGAUCCUCCCGGCAUGCUCGAGCCCCAAUCGCUGCCGCAGCAACUGCCCAUCACACAACUCCCUCGCGUCCAGAAUCUGUUUUUCGCCAAGGGUAAUCUCAAGUACGUUACCGAAGGGUACGGCAUUGUGGAAGCUGCAGAAGAGUACCAGCGCUCGGUGGAAGUGAUUCUUUCUAUUCCCGACCAGGCAGGCUUUACCGUGCGCGAUUUGGUUGUGUCCGUGUGUGUGGUUGCAAUCCUAUCUUUUGGAUCGGUGGUUCCCGGCAUGAAUGCCUUGUCCAUUGCUGCCGAGGUAGCAGCCGCGUUUGGCAUCGAUAUUUCGAAUCCUGCAUUUGCUGCUGUAGUGGCACAAGGCCAAUACACGCGCAUUCACCCCCAGGGCAUAUUGGGUAUUGUGCGUGAUGUUGGCGACGACGCCAUUUCCACGCUGCUUCGCAUUGGUAGCAAUCAGCUCCCGGUCAUCUUUUUGCUCCCCGAUCAAAUCGAUAUCCUACACCGGAUCCUGUUUGGCCACACAGGCGGCAUUUUACCCGUCUUCAAGCCACACACUGGCAAAGACUCGAUUGUGCCCGGCACGAUGCUGGAAUCAGUGUACCGCCAAUCGUUUCAAGUUGGCUCCUCAAUUUUGCUAGCCUUGGCAAAGCUGUUCCAAGAUGCCACGACGAAUCCUGACCAGGGCAACAAGCGAUUGACACUGCGGGGUAUUCCGCCAUCAAUUUCACUCUUACUCCUCUUUUACUACAUGUCACUGAGGUUGAACCCAAGUGCAUUUACAUAUAACAAUUUGGGUAUUCUGCUCUCUUCUUUGCCUGGCGCCACCACAACGGUUGGCUUGAAUGGUGAGCGCAUUCAACUUACGGGCCAAUUGCUUGCCAUGCGGUACUAUGCCCAUGGCCUUCAGUUCGACCCGACACACUCGCACUUGAUCACCAAUUUAGGCAGUCUUUUCAAAGACAUGGGCCGUCUUUCAGAGGCGAUCCAAAUGUACGAAAAAGCGGUGGAGUUCGACCCGAAAUUCGACGUGGCGCUCGCAAAUCUUGGCAAUGCGGUCAAGGACCAGGGCAGGAUUCAAGACUCGAUCGAGUUUUAUCGCCGCUCAGUGGAAGCCAACCCACACUUUCCCGAAGCGCUGUGUGGCCUCGUGAAUGCGUUGCUGGCUAUUUGCGACUGGAAAGAAGUCUACUCGGAAAACUCUCAAGGAGGCUUGAUGCGCGAUGUAAUUUUGACUGUUAAUCGACAGCUGGAAAGUGGCAGCAGCUACGGCAAAGGUAUCUUCCAGCUUCAGUGCCCUCUCGAGGACUGGGUAGAUAAGAUUACCAGCUAUAGUGGCGACAACCGUUUGGAUACGCGCGAUCGCUGGACCCAGAAGCUGAUGCCAUUUUACGACCCUUCCAAGCACGAGCCCAUGAUGAACGAAGGCGGUUUUUUGCUUCGGAUCAUUGAGCACAUCUCACGGCAUACCCAGCGUCGCUGGUAUCAUGACAUGUAUACGCGCAAGUGCACAAAUGAGUGCGACACUACCGCAAACAAUGAAAUCAACUAUGCGCGUAUGCAAAUCCCUUUCUCUCUGCCAACUCCUAGCAAUCUCACCGUGCUGCCAUUCCACACGUUUACGUAUCCUUUGACGCCACGCCAGGUGCGUCUGAUUUCGCAUCGCAAUGCGCUGCGCACAACGCACAGCUCUUUGUCGCAAACGUGGCUUCCUAAGCACGUCUAUCCACCACCGCCGCCGCCCAAUGGCAAGCUGAAUAUUGGCUAUGUUUCGUCCGACUUUAACAACCAUCCUCUUGCCCAUCUUAUGCAAUCCGUAUUUGGGUUCCACGAUCUGACGCGCUUCAACAUCUUUUGCUAUGCUACUACCGUCUCGGACGAGUCGCCUUACCGAAAUCAGAUCGAACAUGAGUCGCAGCACUUUUUGGAUGUUUCCACAUGGUCUACGGAAAUGGUUCUUGCCCAAAUUCAACGCGACCAGAUCCACAUUUUGGUGAAUUUGAAUGGGUACACAAAAGGCGCGCGCAACGAUAUAUUUGCGUCGCGUCCUUGUCCAGUCCAGAUGCAGUUUAUGGGUUUUCCCGGCGGCAUGGGUUCAGGCUGGAUAGACUGGAUUGUUGUAGAUCCCAUCGUGUGCCCCCCAAGCAUGACCUCUCACUACCGCUGGCGCGAAGGGCCCAGCAAUGCGCAGCACAAUGGCUUUGCAGAGAAAUUUACCGACCUUGCCGCAAAUUUGGAUCCUGAAGACGCGCGCGAAGAUUGGGUAUACACGGAGCGGUGCAUCUUUAUAUCUCACUCGUACUUUGUCAAUGACCAUGCGCAAGGCUUCCGUGACCCCGUGGAAGAAACACGCGUCCAGUCGUUUGAGGAGGAGAAUGACAAGCCGAGCCGCGAGGAAAAACAGCACAAUGUACCUGUGGAGCACCAGUUGUCGGAUAAACAAGUGUGGGAUCGCGAGCAACUUCGCCGCUACCGCAUGCGCUGCACAUUAUUUCCCUGCCUGCCAGACGACUAUGUCAUCUUUGCCGACUUUAAUCAGCUGUACAAGACAGACCCUGAGCUUUUCAAGGCAUGGCUCAAGAUUCUCACUCGCGUCCCCAAGAGCAUUCUUUGGCUCUUGCGCUUUCCCAUCUCGGGGCAGAAGCACCUGUAUGAAUUUGCUUUGCAGUGGGCUGGUCCCGAGGUUGCAAAGCGUGUCAUUUUCACCGAUGUUGCGCCGAAGCAUAUCCACAUAUACCGUUGCCGCAUUGCCGAUCUCUUCCUUGAUACGAGUGAGUGCAAUGCCCACACAACCGCCGUGGAUAUUCUGUGGUCUGGCACACCGAUGCUGACGUGGCCAAAGCAUGCCCAUAAGAUGUGUUCGCGCGUUGCAGCGAGUAUUCUUUUUGCUGCGGGAGCCAGCGAUGGACUUGUAGUUGAUUCAGCGGAGCAGUAUGUCGAACGCGCCGUGAAAUUGGCAAACUCGAUCCGCUACCAGUAUGUCCAGCACUUGAAUCAAGGCAGCGAACACGCAAAGCUCGAAAAGAUCACGCAUUCCACCAAAGACGUGCCUCCUGCCGAGCUUACGUCAGAGAUGCUCGUUGUAAACUGCACAGAAGAAGCAGUAAAGGGUUCUAUGAACGUCCCUGAGCACGGCGAUUUCAUCUCUCGCGAGGAAAGUGGCGAGCUCAGCGACUGGCGCCGCAAAUUGUUUUUGAGCCGCGACAAGUGCCCUCUGUUUAAUACGCGCGGAUGGACUCGUGCGGUAGAAGCAGGGUAUUGGGAAGCUUGGCGGCGCUGGGAAGCGGGUACUGAUAUGGAAGAUUCGUACGAAUGGGAGAUACUUCCGCGUGGUGCGCCGGAGAAGCUGAGUGGUCAUAUCUGGCUCAGCGACUAUUAA